CUUUUCUCUGCAGUACAACCUGGAGUUCUUAUAGAUGGACCACUAUCAACGCAUUCCGGUACCACACAAUAAGUGAUCCAUAGAGUGUCCGUGGAUGAAAUGGUUACAGCUUUCCUCAAUGAAAGGCAGGCCACUACUGAGGAGAUGGCUUUAGUAAGCAAUGCGCUGGCUGCUUACUCCUUCAUAGCAGAUCAGCCGGAGCGGGCGGCGCUGUAUUUCGUGUGUGGAGUGUGUUUGGGACUGGUUCUCACUCUCAUCGCGCUUGUGGUGCAAAUCUCCUGUCGAACCGACUGCAAAACGCAACAAGCGCCCAAGAAACCGGGAAAGACUGCGGAAAACACCAGUGACACGAGCGACAGCGACUCAGACUGGGACAACACCUCUGACCUGUCAGCUCGCCGCCAUCGGCGAUUUGAACGGACGCUCGGUAACGUGUUCACCUCCGCCGAGGAGCUGGAGCGCGCGCAGCGGCUGGAGGAACGCGAGCGGAUUAUCCGCGAGAUCUGGAUGAACGGACAGCCGGACAUGCCGGGCACGCGCAGCCUCAACCGUUAUUAUUGAAAGAGACUGAAAUACGUUUGAAAAAUGUAUUAGCUAUUACACUUUUUGGGAUUCAGUAAGGGACUGAGAUGUGAGAGACGGUUUGGAACAGCUCUUCUAGUGGCGCUGGCACUACUAUGGAAGCGUUCGUGUAUUUAAAGGUGCACUCAGUUGAUUUUUGUAUCCAACUUUUUCCUAUACGCCCCAUCACGCGUGAAUUGUUAGAGUAAUUUCCAUUUAACUGUAAACGGUGUUGUUUUUAAUAAAACUGUCACAAUGAGGUGACCUUGUUCAUCCAUAAUCCAAUAUCAAAAUGUAGCAAAAUUACCCCUUACUCAGUUUUCACUAUGUGAAUGGUUUGUAGCACAGCCUUAUUAAAACGAUAUUAAACCUAAAUAUUAAAAACGAAUGGAUGAAUCUUCUUAAUGGAAGCUUCACAAAUAGCAAGUGCAACCCAUAAUCUGAAACAUCACAUUCAGAAAAGGUGAAUAUGGUGUUAGUCCCCUUAUUUAUAGGCUACUUCUGUUUAGUGACUGACGCCUGGUGUCAACAGUAUGUAAAUGCUAUGAGUCCCACGAUAUUAUGAGAAAAAAAUGUCACAUUGUGACUUAAAUCGAAAAGUAUUCAAAUAGAAAUUUUGGUUUACUUUUCUGAAAACUCUCUGAAUACUGGUAUUAACGCAGAUCAACGGCAUAACAAUAUAACACAUACAGGCAUAACAGUCUACUAAUACUCAAAUGGACCAUCAAAAUAAAGUGUUAAAAUUAAUUAUUAUUAAUGCAGCAUCUGCAAACUAAUUGAGUUUUACAAUUGAAAAUAAAU